CCGAAUUACAUCAUGGCAGUGGCGUUGGGCCAAGAAGGACAAGCAACUCACAUCGAAGAGAGAACACAAACCAAGCUAACGUUGUUGCUUGCUUGCUUCAUCAUCAUUCACACCUCCUUGACUUGCUUCACCGACUGAGCGGUGCCUGCGAACGACAGACGAUCAAGGUAGAAGACGGCAGCGAGAACACAUGAUGGUGGUGGCUGCUACGGUGCGAGGCGUGUUGCGCCGCGCCGCUGCAACGCGACAAACAGCAGCGAUCCCUCCACAGCCAUCGAUCGUGGCCACUGGCAUGCUUCAGGCACAGCGACAUGGAUUCGCAACAUCAUCGUCCACCGCAUCGAAAGACAACAGUACCACCACAACUACUGCAACUGCUACAACCAGUGCUGCUGCUGCGACAGCUGCUGCCGCUGCUGCGACAGCUGAGAAACCAGUGUCUGUCACCAUCAACGGCAAGCCGUGCCAGGCAUCGCUGGGCCAAACGAUCCUUGAGGUUGCUCGCGACAACAACCUGUUCAUCCCCACCCUGUGCUACCACCCCUCCCUCAAGCCCGUCGGGACGUGCCGCCUCUGCCUUGUGGACGUCGGCGGCAAGAAGACGGUUCCCGCGUGCGUGACUGGUGUUCAGGACGGGAUGAAUGUGCUCACGCACACAAAGGAGAUUGAGGACGAGGUGCAGACCCUGCUUGCUCUUCUGCGUGCCAGGCACCCCAUGAAGUGUGCAACUUGCCCCGUCAACGGCCAAUGCGAAUUCCAGGAUCUGCUGAUGCGGUAUCAGGUGGAGGAGCCCGCUUUCUUUGGCCAUGAGGACCGCAAGUCCGCUGUUGGCCGCACGCACGAUCACUCCUCCCCCGCCAUCCAACUCGACCUUGACAAGUGCGUGCUGUGCACACGCUGCGUGCGCGCUUGCCAGGAGAUUCAGGGCAUGAGCAUUCUUGGCAUUGCGUCGCGUGGGCCAUACGAGUCCGUGUCACCUAUCAUGGGCAAGGAAAUUGCAGACACGCCCUGCAUCAGCUGCGGUGCGUGCACGGCCGUGUGUCCCGUCGGCGCCAUCACAGAGGUGCCGCACCUCUUCAAGGUACUCCAUCUGCUGGAGGGCGACUUCACACACGAGGACCUGACACGCGACGAGAUCACGCGGCUUGGCGGCAUGCCCACCGUGCGCCACCACCUCACGCGUGCGCGCCAGGUCAAGACCAUGGGGGACGUGUGCGGUGCACAGCAGGCCAAGGCCGGCAUCAAGGUGGAGGAACAGUCACCAUCGUCACCACAAUCCACGUCAGCAGCACCAUCAACAAAGCAGCCAUCAGCAAGCAACACCACGUCCGCAGCUCCAGAGACGAGCAAGAGCCGACUGCGCCGACCCAUCACUAUUGUGCACACUGCGCCUGCUGUGCGCGUGACCCUUGGUGAAGCCUUUGGCAUGGAGCCUGGCAGCAUCUCCACGGGCAAGCUGGUCAGCGCCCUUCGCGCCGUGGGCUUUGACUACGUCUUUGACACUAACUUUACGGCAGAUUUGACGAUUAUGGAGGAAGGCACCGAGCUGCUUGAACGCGUGCGCACGGGAGGCGUCUUCCCCAUGAUGACCAGCUGCUGCCCAGGAUGGAUCAGUGAGUGCCAACACCUUAGCGUUGUGUGAUGAGAUUUCUGUCCUUUGUAGCUUUCGCUCCUACUUUCUGUUGCCUCUCGCUUCGUGUGUGAGCACCCUUACUCACACACACACACUCUCUCUCUCUCACAACCACUCACUCACUCACUCACUCACU